GCACUCUAACGGUCAUGCUUUGCUGAGAGUUAGAUCUAGAGUUAGAAACUGAGUAAAAAAAAGCACUUGGUCACAUCAGUGCCUGUAGGCUUUUUAUUUUUUAGGGCUUAGGAAAUCAUAUGUGCAAAGUACCUAAAACUCAGCUGAAAUAAAGUUAUUGCCAUGAAAACUUUGUAAGACAAGAGAAACUAUAAUUUUAUGUGUAAAUAGAAAAUGUCAUUACCAGAAAGCUUUCAGUCUCAAGUGUCUGAGGCCUUAUUAGUUACCAUUCCUGACACCAACCGUGAAUCUGCACAUACCCAUAUGGAGAAAUCCCAUCUCUGUUCAACAACACCCAAACUAACAGAUAACGGGAAGACUGAUUGUUGCCAUUUGAUAAAGAAAAAGGGUUCAGUCCAUUCGGCACAGAAAAUGAAUGAGCCAGUUUUUGUUAAGUUGUAUACUUCAGGAGAUAAAUUUCUUACUGUGCAAGAAAGAUUAGAAGAACUGCAAAGAAACAAAGCUAGCAAGGAAAGUGAAAGUCUUUUAAAUGAAGGAGUAGCAAAGUUGAUAAAUCUGGUUGAUAAUCAGCACUGUGAUGAAGAUGCAUUGUUUGAGGAAAGUUUCAAUAAUCGUGAGCACAUCAAAAACCUGCCAAUGGAAGAGGCUUGCUGGACUAUUGGAGAAAUAGAACUCUUAAUUUUUCCCAACGGCAAAAUCCUGCGCUUGAUGGCAUUGAUGAGUAUCUCUCUAAACUCAGUCAGCCAGACUCUGCUAACCAGUAUUGCAUCUAAAGAUACCAUAUCUUACAAAGAGCAAGCCAUGCGCCUUUUUUAUCAUGCCUGCCUUCACCCACAUAGAAAAAAGCCAAGACGACCCCAAAGCAUUUUGCUUCGAAGUACACCUGAUGCUGAGGGUGUUGAGCUUGAUGUUGCAGAGUUUGGUGUCUACUUCAUUGAUUCCAUGAGAAAGUCUAAGAAAAAAAUCAGAAAGUUUUCCAAUCUGCCUGAGCAUAUUUCAUUUCAUAUGUGCUGCGAAUGUGGUCUGAGAGGAACCAUUGAUAUGUUUCAAACAUGCCCACAUUGUGAGGCUGUUCUCUACUGUGAUGAAGAGUGCAGAAGCAAAGCUUGGCAAGACAAGCACAGUCCCUGGUGUGAGCACUUCAAGACAUUCAUGAAGAUGGAAUCUUGUCUUGCAGAUCUGCCGUUUGAGUUUGCUAAAAAUUCAACAAGUCGAGAUUUUCGACCACAUAAACUUCAAGAGUUGUUGAUUGAAAAUGAUGUCUACAAGAAGGGCCUCUGGAGAAGAGAAUGUCCAUCUUCUAAUAAAACCAGUUGCAUACCAUUUGGUGAAUUGGAUAACGAGGAAAAGCCUUUUGUCUUUCCAUUGGAGGGCGCUGUCCUGCAAAGUCCACCAAAUGGCCAGCUACCAGACUUGGAUAAACCAUUGAAAACCUGGGGCGACUAUUACAGUUAUCGAGGCUUUUGGCUGGAUUCACCUGUAGCUGGUGUUCUUCAUUACCCUCUUACACUCUACUGGAUCAUCACACAUUGUCUUUCAAAACACUACUCACUCAUUUUUGAGAAUAUCAAGCUGAAUAAAUGUAUCCACAUUCAUCUAAUUGGAGUGGAGAAAGAAGCAGAAAUGUUUCAUUCAUUCCUGGAGUGUGCCAGACUUUUAGCACCACUGGAAGUUCACAUUCACCUGUUUGGAAAUAAAAUAUCUAAGCGAAUUCACAACUAUUUUCGCACUCAAGAGAAUCUCACAUUCCACGUUCAUUAUGGAUUAUACCAUGAAAGCAAACUUCACAUGUUGCCUCGCCCACACUUGGCUGUUGGCUUCAAUGCUGGGUUAAGUGCUUAUCCAAGUUUCAUCAGAACCAUUGAAACUCUAGUGGUGCAAAAGACACCUUUCUACUGUACAGAUUAUUGUUACCAUAGCAUCGCUCAUUCAAAUCAAGCUCUAGUCAAAAGUAAAGUUGGCUUGCUAGUCAAACCUGUGAUAAAUCCUUUUCGAAGCCCCUUCCGCAUCACCUCCCCUGAAUCUCACCUCCCUUGUUACAGUAAUGGUUUUGUUUUCUGUAUUAAGCCGAUGAAAACAAAACGGUCAAAAAAAAUAUCAAAUGUGCAAUAACAAGUGUUUUUUAAGUUGUGAUUCUUCUUGUAAAUAAAACAAAUGUAUUUUUAA